AUGAACUACAUUGUGAGCACGUUAAUAUUAUUUUUCCUACUACGAGUCGACGGCGUGCCUUCUGGUUUCAGAAUCUUAAGCAACAGAAAGGCUUAUGUACAUGAGUACCCGUUUAUAGUAAAACUAGAGCGACAGGUAAUUAUUUCAGGAAUAAGCGACGUUGAUGCGGCAGAUAGUGUGCACAUAUGUACUGGCACCGCCUUGUCGACUACGUUGACGCUGACGGCCGGGCAUUGCAUAGAUAGCACGAACCCUUCAAAGGUCCUCACCAACAACCUGAGAAUUAAAUGUGUGAUUCGCUACGGGAUAGCCGGGACCGAAACAGUAGACUUGAUGUCCACUAUCCGCCACCCCAGCUACAAGGACCGGCCGCGUAGUUUCCAAAACGACAUCGGUCUCCUGAGGACUACUGCAAUGCGGCUUAAUCAAUUCGGGACACUCAGCCCAUUGGACAUCAAUAUGGUAGGGGGGCAAGAAAUAAGUUUCGUCGGUUAUGAGUCUUUUUAUGAAAAUUCUUCGUUGAUAGCCCCUUCUCGUAGGCAGAUAAGUUACCCAAAGAAGGUGUUGAGGGCUAAAAUCAUUCGGAGUGAUACGAGGAAUGCAACAACUGUUCCCGGGGUAUGCGUGAUCAGGCGAUGUGUUCCGUCGUCGGUACAAGUGUGCCCAGAGGCUUCGGGCAGCCCGAUGUUACAUGCGAGCGGAAUAGUCGGAAUCAACACUUGGGAUUAA